AUGAGACUGACAUUUGGGAUGUUGCCCAUUAAGGAGAACCCUUGUGCCUCUCUGUCUAGUGUCACAGUUGCUCUGUGUCUUCUCACCCUCCUCCUGAUGGCCCUUAGGGGCCGAAAGAGCCACCACCACAAUUCCCAAUUGGACUACACAAAAUAUCCCCCUCUUCCAGGCCCCAUGCCGUGGCCCCUUGUCGGCAAUCUGCUCCAGAUGGGCGACCAGAUUCAUCUUUCUCUAACCAGCUUGAGGCUCCAGUACGGUGAUGUUUUCAAGAUGCGUCUGGGCUCUUUAACUGUUGUCGUCCUGAGUGGAUACACCACUAUCAGACAAGCGCUGGUUUGGCAGGGAGAAGCUUUUGCCGGACGACCUGAUCUAUUCACUUUUUCUGCUGUAGCCAAUGGGACCAGUAUGACCUUCAGUGAAAAGUAUGGACCGGCCUGGGUACUCCAUACGAAGCUGUGUAAGAAUGCCCUCAGGUCUUUCUCCCAGGCGGAGCCCAGAGGGUCCGGUGCCACUUGCCUGCUGGAGGAGCAUAUCUGUGCUGAGGCUGCUGAGAUGGUGGCGGUGAUGCGGGAACAGGCUGCUGCUAAAGGGAAGAUGGGCCACAAUAUGAAAGGUAUAGAUCCGGUGAUGCCCCUGGUAACCUCAGUGGCAAUUAUCGUCUGUGCCCUCUGUUUUGGAAAAAGGUACGAUUACAAUGAUAAGGAGUUCCUCACUAUAGUUCACAUCAACAACGAGGUCCUGAGGAUCUUUGCAGCAGGGAACAUGGCUGAUUUUUUCCCUGUGUUUCGCUACUUUCCGAGUCCAUCUCUGAGGAAGAUGGUCCAGCACAUCCACAGGAUGAACGGAUUCAUGGAGCGUAGCAUCGAAGAACACAUCAACACCUUUGAUAAGGAUGAGGUUGGCCCGGACACAUUUCGUCCUGAACGUUUCCUGGGUUCCUCGGGACUCCUCAACAAGGAGCUGACGGAGAAGGUUCUCAUCUUUGGCAUGGGGAAGAGACGCUGUCUUGGUGAUGGAUUUGCACGUUUGGAGAUGUUUGUGUUUCUCACUACGCUGCUCCACGGGCUGCAGAUUGAAAAUGUUCCAGGUCAGGAGCUGGAUCUCAGCACCGAUUUUGGUCUGACUAUGAAACCGCGUCCGUACAGGAUUGCCAUCUCCUUGAGGUUUUAG